AUGUCCAUGCUUCGUCAACCUUUGCAGGGCAGCGGGAGACACAUGUAUGCGAUAGUAUUGCUAUUAUACGCGUUUGCGUCAUCUAUGCGGACGCAGGCUACAAAUGAAGAAGUAGACGUAAUUGACAUUGUACCAGCACUCAUAGCCUUUGAUGCGCAUUUGACUGAGACCGAGCUCAAGCAAAUGAUGACAAAAGAUGGAAAUGACAUACCUCCUGUAGCCUCAUCAAGGGAAAAAGUGGAACAUACAACACAGUUGCUAAAUGGAGUUAGAAGUGCUGGAUCGUCCAAAUGUGAUCAAGAUGCAGAACAGAUUGAACUGAUGCAGUUGGGAGACUGCAUUCAAUCCAUGAGUGUUCUAGGCCCCGUUUUUGAAUCUAAUGCAGUUGAGAGCAAGGACAUCGAGAUUUUGGCAGAUCUUGCAAUGCAGUCGGAAAAGAUUUCCUUACAAGAUAUCACUGAAACUUCUAGGAGCUCCGGUAUACUAACCCAGACAAGCGCUUUGGUGAGGUCGGAUGGUAACGAUGGUGCCUCGAAAAUAAGUGAGAUGAAUGGCGUGCAAGGAUACAAGGAACUGGAUCUGUUAGUGAAGGGCAAUGACUUGCACAUGCCCGUUCGUGCAGAUGGAACCAACGCUUUAACGAGACUCAGUGGUACUGACGCGAUGCCUGGUUUACGCACCGAUCCAUUGAGUCACCACGAUACAGCCAUUUCUUCUGGCAUUGGUGCGUCAUCAGAAUCUCAAAAGCUUCAGUCUGACGCUCAGACUGCCACGGCUGGUUUUGACAGUAAGUCAGCACUUGAAAGCAAUUUAUUGCUUUCUAGGGCUCCAAGGAAUUCGAAACUGUCAAAUAUUGACAUUUUUGAGGACCAAGGUGGGGAUCAAGUAGUCGUUGGGGCACAGGAAUCACUUAAGACUGAGCCACCAGGCACCUCGAUCGCAAAUUCGGGGAAAUUACUUGCUUCAACAAAAUUAUUGCCAGUAAACAUAUCAAUAGCGUCCAAGCCCGACAAGGAAGUUAUUAAGGUUGCUCCACUCACAACAAGCACAAAUAUUUCGAGUAUACUGGGACUGAGAAAGGAAACCUCGUAUCAAAGCGUAUCUCAUGCGCCGUAUGCGUCCAUGUACUGCCGAUGCAAGGCUACGGAAUGCCAGGUUGAGCAUCCGGGCGAGUCGAGCGGCUCCUCUUGCAAAAGCAAACUCUCUAACGGAUUGUGCCCUCUAGGAUACACGAGGUGUGUUUCGACAGAUUCUUACAAGAUUUUAACAUCGACGGUUACUCCCAAUAGCGUCGUAGAUGCGACGUUUACGCUGCUGGCAGGCGACAUCAUCGGAGCAUUUUUCAAUUUGGGAAAUGAAAACCCGAUCGCUCGCAAAAGCAAGUGGUGGGUCACUAUCUUGUUACCAAUUGGAUGGAGAUAUGUAGCGUGGGAAAACACUGCAGUCGAAGUGACGUUGCGCGACAAGGAAGAAUUUCGUCUGUCGGCUCGUGUGCACAGCUGUGCAAGCGUGACAAGCAGCUCAAAUUGCGAUAGAAAUCUUCAUCGAAUUGGAUUUGUUGACGUCAUGACUCUUUUAAACGGCAGAAAAAUGCUGAUGACGUCUAGCUCUCGUGGGCCCAUGCUGUUUGUAUUAUCGAAGAGUAUCGUUACGGGUUUCAGCGCCUCUAGCAGCUUAGUGGGUAUCAGUGUGUCGCUAUCAUACGAGACGACAUCUGGAACACUCAUAACCUCACGACGUACACAAGAGCUUAGUGUGGCUCCUUCUGGUUCGAUAACACCGACCUCGACGGGCGAUUUAGGUGCUCUCACUCUUGCUACAAUGGCGGUACCUUCUGUUCAAAGAGGUCGUUUGGAUUCAUCUUUGGUCUGGAUGGAAGAAGACACAAAGAUACUUGUGCUGUCUUUUAGCACGUCCACCAUCAUUGGUCCCGACUCGGUGGACGCAAAAGUGUGCAUUGACUUAAAAUCUUCACUUUGUGCGAGUAAAGGUAGUGACCCGAUGUCUACAGUGAGUUUUGGAUCGUCCACACAGGCGUCAUAUGUUCAAGGUGGCAAUCCGUUUCUCAACUUAUACGCUAACCCAGGUGAAAGCAACUUGAAAGUUGAAAGCGACAACGCCACCUACUUUUGCGUGGCAAACCUUCUUCCAUCAGGCGUUCGAAGAAAUGAUUUGUGGGAAGUCCGGACGGUUUUCACUUUUCAAAUUCAAGUAACGAACGUGGCUUGGUCUCGCGAUGGUGACCAGCAGAACAACGACACGAGCAGGUUUCGAUUGCCUGCACUGAGUGAAGUACUGUUGGUGAACGGAACCGACGUGAUGGCCAGUGAUUGCGCACAGACAUUAGUCCACGGCAAAACGUAUUCAAAGUACACUUUGAGUGUGUAUAGUGUAAUGUCCAUCACUUUCUUUGCUGUUGCACUGGCUGGCGCUAUUCUCGUGACACGUAUGAAUGGUAUUUCGUUUUCUAGAUCUACAUUCUAUAAUGAUAUGACGUCGCUGUCUAUCAUGAUAAUUUUUAUUUUGUGCAUCGUUGGCAACGCGAUUUGGAUUCGUGUGUCGACGGAAGCAUCGUCAGCUAGUGGAACAGACAUAUAUUAUGUGUUGUAUGCAAUAUCUAUCUGCUUUACUUGGACAAUGAUGACGUCGGUGUGCUUCCACUGGGUUGGUGUGUUGUUUCAUGACGUGGGACCUUCGAAACGCACGAUUGUAUUUAUUGUCUAUAUUAUUCUUAACCUGGUGUUCUAUGGAGUUCAGCUGUUCGGCGUCGUGAGCCUCACGGACUUUUACAAGUGCACAUACGAUGACUAUCUCAAAAAUCCUUUCUACUCGCGGCGUCUGUGCUCGAACGACUACUGUCCGGAUUUGCAACCAAGCCAGUGGAAGUAUGCAGUAACCAGGGUAUGCAAGGAUGUGAACUACUCUGACUGGUUCUUUCCGCUUCAGUUAAGUGCUGCACUGCUGCUCUUUCUUUCGUCCGUGGUAUUGCUUAUACUCGGUACUCUCGUGAUUCAGCGCGGUGUGCGAUUAAUCGAUCAAUCUGGUGACAUUUUCGACGAUCACGUGGUCAACGUGAUGAAAAAAUCUUUGAUUACGUAUUUGGUGGUAAUUUUAUCAAUAGCACUUGUUCUUGGAACAUCUAGCAUCAUGAACACGAUCCUCCAUUGGAAAAACUGGAGCGUUAACUCUGUCGUGUGGUAUAUAUUUUCGAUUUGGCUUCCUACUUUGGUACCGCCGAUUGGGUUUCUCUUACUUCAGUGGAACCCACGACUGCAUGGAAUGAACUGGAAUCCUUCAGUACAUGUAAAAAAUCCGACCUUACACCAUAAUGCAUUACCAAGUAUUUCGGAAAAAAUAGAAAAUGGCAAAGCUGACCUAAGUGGUAAUUGUACCGGUCUGAGUGAUGGCUGGGCAGGCAUCUUGCGCUUUCCGGAUACCGAGUACAAUCCUACUGGACAGGAAAGUGUCGAUGGUAUGCAAAAUGUACUUGCUCUUGCUCUUCAGCUCAUAUCGCCCAUUCCUCUUACGCAUGCGUGCUUUAUUGAGCUUUACGUGGCAGAAAACACAGACUUUGAAUGUGGAGAUAAUGAUGGGGAAGAUCAGUACGACGAAAAUUUAGUGCUUGAUUACCGCCGAUCUUCGAUCAGUACGUUCAUUGAGAGUGGUGUACAUCAAGAAGGAUUUUUAAGUCGACGCAGUCAACUCUCUCUGCUUGGCUCGGGCGCAAUACCCACGCCUUGUCCCGUGACAAAUCCAGCUGCGAAGUGGUCCCGUGUGGGCUUCACUGAGACAGUCUUGCCUACACUCUUGACUGGGAAUUGUGAGAACGCCAGUGGUGUUAUGCAAGUUGCGACCUUUUUGUCGGUGCUACAGAUUUCAGUAAUGCCUGCAAAUCCUCUUUUACGUUUCGUUGUGUACGAAAUUCCUGAAAAUUCAGAUGGCGAGUCACGUGAGUCUCGUCAGUCGAUGCGCGCAUCGUCCCGACAGCUCGACGAGCGUGCUCGAGUUGCGCGCGUAUCAGGUAUGGGCAGGGCACCUACUUCACGGCCCAAAGUAUUUUGCGAGUUUUCGUGUACAUGUGAUGACAUGCUCAUGGCCGACGAGGUGAACUUGAUGGCUCGACAAGCAUCGACACGCCAUCGGUCUCCUAUCCCAACAGUCCUGAGCGACGGCCCUGGCAUGGAGUCGCCUAACGUCACAGCUGCUGCUGGAGUGACUUCUCGUGAGGUUGACACGUCUGUGCCUCGUCUCCGCGUUAAGUCGAUGACUGUGUCUCCGCGCCAUUUAAAAGAGCGUUCUGGAUUUUACAUAACAAAAAGUUUUCAGUUUGCGGAAGGGGACGAAAUGGUGAUUGAAGACAUGACAGAGAGUCCCUUGACUAACGAAGUACCACGACAAUACUUGGAGCUGCUCAUUACUGAACGCGGAAAUGACCUUGAGCGCGCGCAGACUGACGCUUCGGACUAUGGGGCUCGUGUAAAAUGUGGCCUUGCUGGCAAUUUGUACGACAACUUGAUUGAUCAGAUUCGAAGUGAGAAUGAUCAGACGGUGGUACAAACGUGGCUCAACGAGCGUCUGCAGCAGCGUAAAAUGUACGUUGAAGCACUGCGUGAGUGCCACCAAUUGUGUAUCGAUCGCGCGGAAGAAGGGUUGAAUUUCAAGGCGAGUACUGAAAAAAAAAGUCUUGUCUUACGCUUUCUUCCUAUCAACUUGCACGUACAAGAUAUGUGGGUCGGUCCCACGGCUGACCUGCGCUCGCAGCGAUCACGGCGAACGUCUCCUAACGUCCGGGUGUAUCCCACGGUAACGGUCGGCGCGUUUGCGGCUCACUGUUAUAAAUUCCGGCAUAAGGGCAGCAUUUUAAGUUUGCGUGCGACUCUGCAGAAGCGGUCGCUCUCGCGUGUGCAGAGCAAUUCAUCCGAGAAGAGUUCCGCUGAUACCGUGAACUGGAGUGAUCCAAGUAUUCGCUCAAUCGACGAGAUGCGAUGGCAUCUUACCACGCGAUUCGACAUGUGCUUCUCUCAGGCUUUAACAACCCUCGUGACGUCAUUUUGUCGCCAGUUGGAGCACUCAUUGCAAAAUCCCAACGAUCGCACCUUCUUGCAGACUGUUGACGCUAUUGGCUUUCUUUUUCAGGUCGAAUCGUUGCUGUCUACCCAAGGCAAGGAAAUUGGAAUGCUAGAAGACUUUUCUGCCGCGGUCGAUGUGCUCAAACACGUGUCAUUUGUGCUUGAUACAUCGCCGCCUGCCCAACUCUUUUCGACUCUACUGAAUUUGCAUAUGAAGAACACGACAUUGCCUAGCGUCGUAUCAGUUCGUCUAAGCAAAGGAUCAACGAACGGAACUUACACCGUAGCAAUUGGUGUGCGCUGCUCAGAUGAUGUACGAUCAUCGAUCCCUUCAACUAUUCGAUCGGGAGGGUUAAUAUCUGUGACCCCUGUGAUUUUUACACAAGGCAUCAACGAGAUGCAGACAUUAGCCAACAAUGCAAGCACAAGAAAAACGACUUUACAAGAUGUCAUCAAUCGAAAAAGCUUUUUAGUCUUGACGCGCUAUGUUGAGAAAUACAAGCAGUUUGCUGCUGAGAGGCCAAAUGCAGUGCUGACACCAAUGAGCACAAUCGCACCUCUCCUUAAAUCGCUGGAAGAGCGUAUUGCUACUGGUAGCAAGCGUCAGGUGGUAAAGUCCAAACAUCCAGAAAUCAUUCAGGAGAGCUCGCAUUUAUGUCGAUUGCUGGGUGCUGGCCGUGUCACAUCAUGCAAAAGUGCUAAAGAUCGCACUAGCAUGUCCGUGACGCUCGAGCAGGUGCGAUUGCUAAGGGAUAAUCACGGAUUGCCCGAGAAAUUUGCGGUACGCACUGUUUCAACUAUGCGGAGCAAUGGCGUCCGCCUCGAAAACGCAUUAAAAAAUACCGGCAAGCGUCAGUAUGCCUUCAAUGCGUUGCAGCGCUCGCUGCUUCCCGAUGAGUACAAGUGUCCUGAGGGCACUUUUGGCCGUGGUAACGUGAGUUAA